AUGGAGGUGAUCCUCGACGGCAGCCUUGCCUCGGAAAUUCUUGUCGAGAUACUGUCUAGGCUUCCUUUCCAAUCACUACGACAAUUUCGUUUUGUAUGCAAGUCAUGGUGUACUUUAAUAUCCAGUUCAUAUUUUCUCAUCAAACACACCAGGGUCACUGUUGGAGAUAGAAGCAGGUUAAAGUUCCUAUAUGGAUUAGAUCCACCCCGAUUCAUACACUAUGAAGCAUUAUUGAACAAGGAUGGUCCUGUUGCACCUAGGAAACUUGUUGCCCCUAUGUGCGUUAAAGAAGAUGAUAAUCGAUAUAGUUACCGCCUUAUAGGUUCCUGCAAUGGCUUGAUAUGUCUAUAUUGUGAAGAUACUCACGAAGAGACCACCGAGGAAGAAGAUACCACCGACGAAGUUAUACAACUUCAUCUGUGCUCCGUCGACUUGGUCGUAUGGAACCCUUGCACUAGAGAUGCAUGCAGGUUAUCAGGACCGACUCUUCCGACUCUUUUAGGAAGCGUAUUUGUAGGAGCUUUUUCGGGAUUUGGUUAUGAUUCCACCACCCAAGAUUACAAGGUCAUAGUAGAGUUCACAGAUUCUGAUCCUGAUAUAAGUGCAAGUGCAAGUCCAACUCGAAUUGCCAUCUUCUCUCUGAAAACGAGUUCAUGGAGACUCGUUGAAUGCCAAAAGCAUUACGAAUUGUCUGGGAACGGGUGCUUAGUAAACGGAACUCUAAAUUGGUUAGAGACUAAAAAUCGUGAGAAGCGUUGUCCUUUAACAUCGCAAAACAUCUGUUCAAGAAUCAUCUCUUUUGAUCUAGCCAAAGAGACAUUUCAGGAAGUCGCUACAUUAACCAAUAUUUUCGACAAAGAAUGUGAUCAUGAGCUCUCUGUGGGAAUUGGAACGACAAUGGGAAAUUGUCUCUUUGUGUAUGUUCACGAUCGGCACAAUCAUAAUUACAAUAUGGGUUUUGCCUACACAAUAUGGGUGAUGAAGGAAUAUGGGAUCGAGAAAUCUUGGACUAAACUUGUACAGAUUCCUUCAGAUAUGUUUCAUGGAUAUGGGGGUUUUACAUGUUAUCCGAAGCCUAAAUGGAUGUUAGAGAAUGACGAAGUUUUGAUAAUCUUGGAAGAGGAUGAUAUGUAUGAUGAGGUGGCAUUAUAUAAUCCCAAGGAAAAUACAUUGAGGACUGUUCUUCAGGAUUAUUGCUUUUGGUGGGGUUCGACAUUUUACACUGACACUUUAGUUUCACCUAAAAAUAUCUGUUAG